AUCAUGGAUUAAGACUCCAAAAUAUUUUCCCUUUUAUUAUAUAUUCUCAAAUCCUUCUCCUUUUCUCUCUCAAUUCUAUCCUCUCUUCAUUUUUCACUCCACUAUUUUCCACCCAAAUUCCCUUUCCUUUUUUUCUCUCUUCUCUCAUCCAAAAUGUGGCCAGAAUGGAUAAGUUCACGGCGUCACCGCCGCGAUUCGCCACCACUGUCACGUUCACAUUCUCUAUCUCGCUCCGUGGACUUCUCUUGUUCAUCUUUCAAAGACAUUCAUACCAUUCUCAAAGACAAACCCGAUCCAGAGCCAAACAGUCCGAAAUCUCCUUCGUUAUUCCGUCGAGUCCGCAUCUCCACCUCCGUCCUCCGCGCCUUAGCCGCCUCACACACCGCUCUCCCACCGUCUCCCAAACACGAACUAUCUCCAUCUCCAUGCCUCGACCAGCGUAUAGUCGUCUACUACACAAGCCUCCGCAUCGUCCGCCGCACCUUCGAAGACUGCCGCGCCGUCCGAUCAAUUCUCCGAUGCUUCCGCGCCGCGAUCGACGAGCGCGACGUUUCGCUCGACGAUCGGUUCCGCGACGAGCUGCACGAGAUUCUAGGUCGGAAAAACGUGACGCUCCCUAGGGUUUUCAUCGGCGGUGUUUACAUCGGCGGCGUGGAGGAGGUUAAGCAGAUGCUGGAGAACGGUAAACUGAACCGUUUGAUCGAACGGUUACCGAAGAGUAAUCAGAUUGGUUGUGAUUGCUGUGGAGGGUUCAGAUUUGUAAUGUGUGAUGAGUGUAACGGAAGUCAUAAAGUGUUUACGGAGAAAAGUGGUUUUAGAAGCUGUUUAUCUUGCAAUUCUAACGGCUUGAUUAGGUGCCCUGCAUGUUUCUUCGUGCUGCCGCGACACACCAAAUUGAUUGCUUAGUUUUUCAGUUAGUUACAGCUCACAAACAACUCAGCAAAUAGAAUCAAAUCAAAUAACUGAAAGAAAAAAACUUAGGUUUUAAUAUUUUGUAUAUAGUCUCAGCAAGUCUGAAAUCUCCAAAUUUUAGGGAUUUUAAGUAUCUGAAAUUAAAGAGUAUGUCGUUGUAAUCAAAUAUUCAGAAACAUAUACAUACUCUGCUCUCCUAGUAGUAUUAAUGACAA